UACCCGACUCGCGUGAAGAAUAAAGAUUAAACCGACAAAAUUGUAAUGGUAUCAGUGUUUAUAUCACGUGUUCUAUUUUGUUCGUUAAAAUGAACUAACAAACAACAUUCAAGGGAAUUAUUUACGAAACAAGCUUACAACUAAAUUGGUAGCAUUAUACUUGACAAAGUUGAUAGCUCGUGGAAUAGAUUUUAAGUUUUAAUUGUUUCCUUCUGUUAAACAAACUUUAAAACGUAUGUGGCGAGUGUAUUUUGAUGUUAAUUUAACUAUUAUGAAAUAGCAAAACGGAAAAAUGGAGGAGAGAAGUAAAAAAAGAUGUAGGAAAUCAAAACUAGUGCCGCGGGAAUAUUUGGACUCAGACGAUGAAAAUAUCGCCCAAAUGCAGAAUGAAAUCGAGGAGACAAUAGCCAAAAUUGACGCCCAAUCAAUACUAAGGAAACUAGAACCAAAUUAUUUUUCAUCAAAGCCAUUGGAAUUUUCCAUUAAAGUAGAAGUAGAAGAAUUCGACGAACCGAUAGUAGAAGAUAAUCAAUUAUCAGAUGAUUUAAAUAUAAAAAUUCAUUCAAUUAGAAGCUUAAGCGACACUACAAGUACGACAAAUCGUAUCUGCGAGUACAGAUUAAACGAAGACCUCAUAAGAGAUGUAUUCGAUGUAAUAAGUAAGAAAACUACAAGUAUUGUCGAUAAAAUGAUUGAAAUAUACAUGAGGAAUGAUUUCGGCAGACGACAAGCUUAUUUAGACGAAAGUAACAUAGACAAAAAGUUACAGUUGAAUCUGAAGAAGUGGAAAAUAUGGUACGAAGCGGCACCACGUUUUAGAGAUGCCCCUGGUAUGUACAUCUGUUAUGUCUGCGGGAUUGGUUGGUGGCACUUAUCAGACUUCAGAGAACAUGUAAAAAAGCAUGACAGCAUAAAUUAUGGUGUAGAAUUCUCUUUCCAAGAGUUCAAGAUAAUAGCGUACAAUAAACCUGUUAAACCUAGAAACGUACCGAUUGAAUCCGAUUGUUGGAAGUGUGGUAAAGAUGUAUCAGUUCAUCAGGGAGUUGACUACAAAUGUAUUGGGUGCCAAUUGAAAGUCCAUUCGUGUAAAAUGUUGAGUUUACACGAAAGCGAGUGUAAGAAAUACAAAUUCUUGCUCAACAACACCGGUGUUGAUACGUCCAAGAUGUACCGCUGUCCGUUAUGUUCGUUCAAACAUUGGGUUAAAGAACAAGUUCGGAAACACCUUAAAUCCCGGCACAGUGUAAGAUCAGACUUGCCAAUAUAUUGGACGAAAAAAACGUGUCAGAAAUGCAAUAUAAGCUAUAACGAUCACAGAGUCCACGAAUGCAACCAAAGGCCUAUGAUUUAUAGUUGCCAGUUUUGUGGAAAGAAUUUUCAGAGUAAAUGGGUUCUUAAUUUACACUUGUUGAACUCAAAGGAUAAUGUACUGUGCAGGAUAUGUGGGAAAAGACUCCGGAGAGGGUGCAUGGAGGCAGAACAUUUAUUAGUUCAUUCCCGUAACUAUACAAUGGUGAUUAAGUGUAGCUGCUGUGAGGAGUCGUUAUAUUAUACUGAUUAUUCCUCGUUGAUCGAUCACAAGACUAGAUUUCACAGCAAUGUCGAUGAAGAGAAACCUUUCUUUGAGAAGGUUAUCGUGCCAAAAAAAGUAUUGAAUAGACAAGAUGUCAUUGACCUCACCGAAGCGACGGAACCAGGUAAUUUGCAGCCUCCACUGCCAAGCUUUGAUAGCGCUUGCCAAGGUCUUAUAGGUUACCUAGAUACAAUGACAGACAGACAAGUUAAUAUAGACACAAGUCAUGAUAACGAAGGUCAGAGAGAUUACGUCGACGACGAAUUGGGUAUCAAAGUUACAGUCAUAGACAAAUCAACGGUGCAAAGGAUUAUCGACGAAUCCCAAAGAGAAACCAGCGAAGGGAGCAGAGAUACCGCAGAAGCAGCCGUCGAUACGCAACAAACACUGGAAAACAUAGUCGCUGUAACGAAGAAUCUUCUACAAAAGACGUAUACGAACAAGAAGAAACACAAUAAAGACAGUGUUGCCACGUCAAUGAUGAACCAAGAGAUUCAAAUAAAGAACGAAAUUCUCGAUGAAUUCGAAGUUCCGGAUGUUAUGAAUGUCGUUAAAGAGGAGAUUGAUAACGAUACGACCGUCAAUGAAUUCGUUGGAUUCGAAACUAGCGUUAAGACUGAGGUAGAGGAUGUUGUGAUGAAAUCUGAAGAGAUCUAUGAUAUCAAUGACCAUUCUGUUAAUUAUGAGGUGGUACCGGAACCACCUAGACGGACUAGAGGCAAAUACAAGAAAAGAAAAAAGGCUCUCGUGAGACUGACACAAGUAAAAUAUCCGAAAAACGCAUCGGACAGAUACACGUGCACCAAGUGCAACACGACGUCGCAGACGUUGAGGAAGUACCUGCAGCACUUCAAGAGUCACAACUACGAGGACUCGGUCUGUCCGAAGUGCUUCAAGCCGUUCCCCCUCGCCCAGGCCCUCCUCAGUCACGUGAAUGCCCACAUCAAGGACAACUACGUCAUGAUACACGCCAUACGCGACAGCAAAGCGGUAACCGACUGCAAUUACCAGUGCAGGAAGUGUAAAAUGACCAUGGGGUCGGGCGACUUCUUCCAGCACUGGGAGACCCACUUGGAAAUCCAUGACGUCGCUAACCAAGAUAAUGUUUACUACGUUGAUAUGGACGAGAAGCCUCUGUUGAAGAAUAUGCUAGCGACGCUGCAGGGGUCGCACGCGGGCGGCCCGCAGCGCACGUGCGCCGUGUGCGCCAAGCGCUUCGAGCGCCGCAACGACUGCAAGCGGCACUACAUCGAGCACCUGCUGGGGGACGCGCUCGCCGAGCGCGCGCGCCGCGGCUGCCUCGCGUGCCAGCUGUGCGGGCGCGGCUUCCAGCGGGGGGACGCAUACAAGCGCCACAUGCGCGACCACGCUUGCCUGCCGGUGUACAAAUGUGAAAUUUGCGACAAAGCCUUCAGCGACUCGAGCAACUUCUGCAAACACAAGAAAGUGCACAACAUGUCGGUGGUCGUAUGCGAUAUCUGCAAGAAGAAGUUCAGUAACAAGAAGUUUCUCAUUAAACAUAUUAAGAUGCAUCAAGUAGUCGAACCGAUCAGCUGCAGCACCUGCAACAAGCUGUUCUACACUCAGUCGAGUUACAAUAAACACUUGAAGAGAAAUCGUUCCCGGUUCAAGUGUACCGUGUGCGCGUUAUACUACAGCUCCCUGAAGGAGAAGUGGGAGCACAUGUGGCAGGUUCACAACGAAAGGAAAUACGAAGCGGACUGUCCGCUGUGUCAGAAGCCGUUCCGGAAGUACUCGGACGUGAAACAACAUCUCCGGGAGCAGCACGAGGAGCAAUAUUACCACUACAGAUCUCGAUUAAAUACCGGCGUUAAAUCGGGACGACUCAAGGAAUUGCAGUACUUAUAAAUAAUACGAUUCCGAAAAACAGCUACUUAAAUCUUGCUCUAAUUCUGUUUAUAGUCCAUCUCGUUGCUGAGGAAAAUUUCGCGAGGAAACCCCCAUGUCGGGUCUGAUAAAUAUGUAUCUCAUUGGCGGGAGUUAAGAUAAAUUAACCUUAGAUAUUCAAUGCGAUUUGCUAAUAGUCAGUUCAAGGUCAAAGUUUGUUUAUCUGUAAUCCUGCCACUUGAAACGAUUGUACAUACAGACAAUAUAUACACGAAUAAUU